UUAUUUACUCACUCCAAAAAGAAGAAGAAAUUAAUUAAUCAAUUAAUUAAUUAAUUAAUUAAUUAAUUAAUUUACUCACUCCAAGAAGAAGAACGAGAACUCGGGACGCCGGGAACUGGCGUGUGACGUCACGACCCUUCGACGGCGCCCUGACCUCCCAAAGCUUUUGUGCUCAUUUGAGGCGCCGCACGUCACAAGUGGGCCCGACGUGUGCCCGCGUGACUCCCGAUUGGGCGCGGACAAAAGCCGCAGAGCGCCGGCCCCGCCCGCGGAGCGUAAGACGUGCAGCUGCGGCAGACUGGCUCCCUCUUCGUGGAUCUCCGCAUCAUCAUGGGGAAUAUCAACUACCGCCCCGCAGGAGAUGAAGAAUACACAUAAUCCUCGCGAAGGGGUAAAAAAAAAAGGAUCUCCUUUAACUUUAUUCCAAACUCCUACAGAGGCAGAUCUGUCCGCUAUGGCUUUCUUCGCGUCCUCCUCCCCUUCCACCUCGUCCUCCAACAGAACGCCGAAGCCAUCAGCAGACGUGGCCGCGCGCACCUCGCUCGUCACCGCCACCGACAGGACACGGAAGCUGUCCCCUCCCUCCGAGUGGGCCGUCAUAAGCGCGGACGGUGCCGCGUCGCCCAACCGGCGAGGAGAGGCGGCGGGGCGAGACGAGGCGGGCGCGAGGGCCCCGCGUAGCCUGACGUCGCUACCCGCGUCCACGUGGCAGAGCUGGCAGGAGAGAGACAGCGGCUUGGAGGCCGGAGAGGAGCUGACUCAGGCGAUACUCGGCAUGAUGGAUCGAUACAAGACCUCGCUGGGCCUCAGCCUCGGCACUGAUGCUUCCGUGGGACCUGAAGAGCUGCUCAAACACUUGAUAGCCGAGAGAGACAGACUGGCCGAGGAGGUGCGCAACUUGCGAGAGAUGCUGAGGACUGAAAGGUUGGAGUGGCAUCGGUUCCAGUGUGACCUGCAGAUUGCCGUGUCGGUGGCCGAUCGUCUGCGGGCGGAAUCGGAGCAGAGCCUGACGGCGCUGCAGGGCGACUACAAGAGCGUUCAGAACCAGCUGGCUCAGGCCCACAGCAGACAGCAGGAGACGGAGCGGGAGCUCCAGCGUCUACGGUGCGAACAGAGAGACGUGUGCCUGAGACUGUCGGCGCUGGAAGUGACGCAGCAGCACAGUCGAGUCGAAGCGGACGACAAAACGGAGGACGACGACACGGAGACGCUGGACUCUGAGGAGAGUCAAGGACUGGACAUACUGAGCAUUAUGGAGGAAGCCGAGCUGAUGAAAAGACAAAAAGAGGAGGACUCUGACGAGAUGACUGGGAAAGGCUUACAGCUGACCGGGAAGGGCGUAGCAGAAGGAUACAUCCGCAGUUUGGCUGCGCUGGAGAGGAAGAAAGACGGACGUAGUCACAGUGAGCCGAGGAAAAUUGUCAUGUCUGCUGAAAGAUCUUGGAGUCUGUCUCGUCUUCCACUGCCAACCGACUCGUGUCAGAAUAACAACGCCAUCAACUCGGGCACGACGAUGCCGCCGUGCAAGCGAGAAGAGUCGACGCGGGCCAGGAGGACGUCUCACGGUUUCAAACGUAGGGACAGCUGCUCCUGCUUCCAUGCAGGAAAACCGGAUGAAAACCUUAAUUCGGACAUCACAAAACCUGCGGACGGCCUGCGCUCCGUGCUGCGGCGUCAUGGCGGCUCCAAAAGAAACUCCCUGCUGCGCUGGUGUCAAGGUCUUACGCAGGAGUAUGAGAAUAUUGACAUCACAAACUUCAGCACCAGUUGGGAGGACGGUUUGGCCUUCUGUGCCGUCUAUCACAAGUACCUGCCCGAUUGCAUACCUUACAACUGCCUCAAGCCAGCAGACAAGAAGGGAAAUUUGAAUCUUGCUUUUAGGACAGGAGAGUCUGUUGGAAUCACAGCCACUCUGUCAACGGAGGAUAUGCUGAAGCCGGACGGUCCAGAAUGGCAGAAGGUCUUGCGCUACGUGGAAAGCAUAUUUCAUCAUUUUGAGAAGUGAGGUACCAUCAUUUUUGCUCCUCCGCCUGCUCCGAGACCUCGUCUGCAAUGACGACUAGGCCUCCUUUUAUGGAUCUUUCAAGGAAGAACUGCCAAAGUUGUAUUUGUACCUUUUUGCACUGUACACCAGAUUACUUAAUUGCACUUUUGUUUUUGGUGAUGCACUGGUUUGCACCUACUCUUAUUUUGAAAGAAAAGUUGCACUGUAAUGGAAACGAUGCACUUUAGUCCUCGCCGGUACAUUAAGUUUCAUCAUGUGCGGUUUGUCACAUGAACCCGGUUUUAAUGUUAAAUAGUUACACAGGAAAGUGUCUUUAAAAAAAAUAAUGUAUUAGAAGUUGUUGCUCAAAGUUUAUGCAAUAAUAAAGAUAAAAUGUGAAAACAAUGUUAA